AUGAGCUGGCUUCGUCACUACUUCGAGACUAAAGACGAGGUACUGCAUGCAAGCAUCCGUGAUGGCGACCUCCAACGGCUUCAGCAGCUGCUGCGUGCUUCGCCUGCCCCGGACAUACAUUAUAACCAUUUCGGGUUCGGUCCGCCGGUUCAUUUUGCUUCUUGGUGCGGCAACCUGGAGGCCGUCGAACUGCUUCUGGCCGCUGGUGCCGAUCCUCUGCUUGUGAGCAUAGGUGAGGAGAGGCUCACGGCCAUCGGAUUUGCCGCUAAAAAGGGCCACCGAGACAUCGUAAGGCGCCUCUGGAGGUUUUGCCCGCCAGAAGUCCAUGCGAAUGGGGGGAGGCGUUAUAAGUCAUGCCUCGUUGUCGCUGCCACCCACGGACACACUGCUAUUGUUGAAGACUUGCUGGAUUGGUGGGAUGGAUGGCCACAUGAGUUGAGAUCUAGAGCGCUUCUUGUCGUUGCGCGACGAUGGCACGUUGCAGUGGCCAAUUUGCUCUUAAGCAGAACAUCAUUCGACCAAGAGGAACUUCAACUGGCGCUUCAGACUGCCACAGAUCCUAGAUUUCUGAUGUCUGAUGACGACAAUGGAAAAUGCGAGGCCAUUGACUACCUGAACCAGCAACUUCUGGUUGAACUCUUGAUUGAUGCCGGGGCAGAUCCAAAUUAUUGUUUUCCAAACUGCGCGCCGCUUAUUUACACUGUCGUUCAGGACGCAAAUCUCACUGGUGUACUCAAGACGCUGCUUGAGAAAGGCGCAGAUCCCAACAAGACGAGUGAGUCUGGUAAGUCUGCUCUACAUAUUCUUGCCAAGCCAGUCGUAUUAGGUCGCCCACUGCAUAUAAUGGGCCAAGCGGACCCUAAGAUUACGAAUGAGACUGCGAUCCGCCUACUGUUGCAGCACAAUGCCUCCGUAUCUCAGCCAGACAACGCAGGUGAGUGUCCCUUACACUGGGCUGCUUAUGGACUAGACUUGCGUCUCUUCCGCCUCUAUCUGUCAUCAUGUCCAGAUCAAAGUCAAGCGGCCUUGCUCCAGUUAACAAACCACCAUGGGGAGACGUUAAUGCAUUAUGCCGCCGCCGGAUGUCACAUUGAAGUGAUGGAAUUUUUGAUAUCUCAAGGUUUGAAUGUCAAUGCAAGGAAUUCCAACGGCUGGACGCCUUUGAUGUGCGCUCUAGUUCCUAUCAACUAUUCAUACGAGAGUGUCAAGUUGCCUAAUGAAGCAAUGCAAGCGGCACAGUUUCUUCUCUCCCGCGGAGCUGACGCUAGUGUUGUGACGGAUGAGGGCUUGACGCCGCUGCAUGGCCUCUCUCUGCAUCGUGAUGACGACGUAAGUGGAAAGAUGGCAGACUUCACAAAGCACUUGAUAUCCUGCGGUGUCAAUCCAGAAGCCCGUGCUCGUCUGGUGGGACCAGUUAAGACUAUCAUACCCUUUCGCGGCUUGCCCUGGGGCUACCGUUUAAGAGACGCCAUGGCAGAUCCGUCAACUCACAAAAUGGUCAUACAGCCGGCCAUGGAGCCGUUGUACUGGGCAGCUGAGCGUGGUGCUGUCGGCGUCAUCAAGGCGCUACUAGCUCAUGGUGUUGAUGUUUCGUCAAUGGACGACGAUGGCAUCUCUCCCACCAGAAUGGCAGCCGAGUCAAUAUUCCUGAAGAGACAGCCAGAGGUUGUUGACAACAUCAUUAAGCUUCUGCUAGCAGCCGGAGCUGGAUUUUGA